GGAAGACAAGUCCGCAAACGUUUCCUUGCUUGCACAUAAAUACAAUCAAGGCUGCAUUGUGUAAAGAGAAAACUGUAUGGUGCGCUCUGAGCGAUAAGGUUUAAGACGUAAAAUGGCGCAAUGCGGAGCACUGUCUUACUUAAAAAGAAAGUCAAUUCUGACAUGCGCUUUCUUUCUUUAUGACAGAAAAAAAGGACAAGAAUUUAGUAGAGAUCGUUCGACAUUUCACUCCAUCAUGGUUUAGCGUUACCAUGGGAACAGGCAUAGUUGCCAUUCUGUUGCAGACAUUUCCUUUUCAAUUUUCUGGACUGCAAACGAUUGCACUUGUUUUGUUUCUGUUCAACGUCGUCAUUUACAGCGUCUUUACAAUCAUUACCGUACUUCGCUAUGUACUGUUUCCUACAAUAUUCUUUCUCAUGCUUCAGCAUCCAGCACAGAGCAUGUUUGUUGGCACGAUUCCUAUGGGAUUAACAACUAUAACAAACUUUAUUACGAUUGCGCUCACCGACAAAUAUGCCUGGGCUCUGAACCUCGCUUUCACUCUCUGGUGUAUCGAAUUUGCCUUGACGCUUGUUAGUUGCUUUUUAGUGCCCUUUUAUUUUAUAGUGCACCACACACAUGCCUUGGAAACAAUGAACGGCACUUGGUUACUCCCUAUUGUACCUGCUGUUGUCACUGCAGCAUCAGGAGGGUUGUUAUGUCACUAUUUGGAUGAGCAGAGAGGCUUAAUCAUUCUCAUUGUGUCGUAUGUAACCAUGGGCAUAGGCAUCUUAUUAGCACUCUCGAUCAUCGUCAUUUAUUUUUAUAGACUUGCUGUCCACAAGCUUCCUCCCAAGGAGGUUAUUAUUAGCUCUUUGCUGCCUUUAGGUCCGCUUGGCCAGGGAGCAUACGGCAUGAUUCAGCUAGGAUCUGGCGCACAAAAGUUAUUAGGAGAUCGUUACAUUCCUGGAUUAGGUAAUGUCGCGUACAGUCUAGGCUUUAUCCUUGCACUCUUUCUUUGGGGCUAUGGUUUAUGGUACCUGGUUGUGGCUAUUUUCUCUGUCGGUAUUACAGUCAAACACAAGAUCCCAUUCAACAUGGGUUGGUGGGGACUCACUUUCCCGUUGGGCGUCUAUACAGCAGCAACAUUGGCUAUUGGCAAGGUACUCGAUUCCAUGUUUUUCAAUGUCCUAGCUGCUAUCUUUACUUGCUGUCUAGUCACGCUUUGGUUAGUAGUUACGAUCAAGACGAUUGUUGGAGCAAUCACUGGUAAACUGUUUUAUGCUCCAUGCCUUUCAUUAGCACAGUGAUAUAUUGUAGAAAUAGAUUUAUUAAGAAAUAUAAUAUAGAAUGUAGUAAAAUAAUACAUAAAUAGUGUACAUUUUUUUAUAUCACAAUACUCUCCGUGUCAUCUAAGCUCCGUAACUUGUUCUGUUCUUCUUCGC